AUGAGCUCGAGCGAUGAGUACAUGGAGGGCUCCAUCUUCCGCGUGCGGCUGCACAACUUCCUCACGUACACGGACGCAGAGCUGUACCCGGGACCGCGCCUCAACGUCGUCCUCGGCCCCAACGGGACGGGCAAGUCGUCCAUCGUCUGCGCGCUCUGCGUCGGCCUCGGCGGGUCCACGAAGAUCCUCGGACGAGCCGAGAAGGUCGGCCAGUUCGUCAAGCACGAGCAGGACUCUGGCUUCACGGAGGUCGAGCUCUUCUUCUCGACGGGCAACAUUACCAUCCGCCGCACGAUCUACCGGGACAACCGGUCGACGUGGCAGCUCAACGGCCGGGACGCGGGGCAGAACAAGAUCAAGUCCGUACUGCAAGAGUCUUCCAUCCAAAUCGACAACUUGUGCCAGUUCUUGCCCCAAGACAAGGUCGGCGAGUUCUCGCGCAUGACGCCUGUCCAGCUGCUGAAGGCGACGCAAGCGGCGAUCGACGACGGCGAACUUGCCGAAGAGCAAGAAAACAGCUCCAGCGCUCGCGACCUGGAAGCCGCCCGCGCGAGCUUGGAGUUGAAGAAGACUGAGAACGCCCAGCGCAAGACCGAAGUCGAACGCAUUCGAGAGCACGAAUUGCGCCUUACCGAGACGCGCAACAUGGAAAAGAAGCUCUUGUGGCUCGAGUUCGAAGAGUGCAAGGCCCAAGUCCAGGAGCAACUGAACAGGUCCCAGGCGCUCAAGCGAGCUCUUAAGGAAGCCAAAGCGCAGCAGUUGACGCCACUUGAGCGACUGCUCAAGGAGCAAACGCAGGCAGGGCUUGCGGCGCGCAACGACAAAAAGGCCGCCUCGGAGCGCAAGCAGGCGCAAGAAAAGGCGUUCGACAACCUCAAGCGCCAGAUGGACGUCAUGGAGGGCGAAGAAGGGCAGAUCAAGAUGGAUCUGCGCGAAGUGCAUGGUCGACACGCCAAAAUGCAAGACCGACUCGACCGCAUGCUCGUGGAGCUGCGCUCGCUCGAAGAAAAACUCGUGGCGUUGCCCGACGAGGGCGAACUCCGCAGCAACAAGUCGGCUCUGGACCAAGAGUAUCUGAACCUCGAGCAGGAGUUUUCCGACAUCAAGCUGCAGCGAGACUCUGUGGCCCGCGAGUACGCGCAACUCGAGCACGAGAUUCGCCGCCUCGAUGCCCAGCUCGGCAAGCUCAACAACGAGCAAGAGCAGCGCAAGCACGCCCUGAGCACGGCGGACCCGAGCUGCAUGCGUGCGUACGACUGGCUGCAGAAGAACCAGGAGAAAUUUCGACGCAAGGUUUGGGGCCCGUUGGCCCUCGAGAUCCAAGUCAAGGACCCCUUCCACGCCAAGUGUCUCGAGGACACGGUCCAGAACUGGCAGCUUACGUCGUUUGUGACUGAGUGCAACGAAGACUACAACACGAUGGUUCGCGAGCUCAACGAAGGCGCCAACCGCCUCGGUAUCUCGGUCACUAACGUGGAAGACGGCAAAGGCAAGAGCUUCGACCGACCAUAUACGCCCGCCCAGUUCCACGAGAUGCAGACGCAGUAUGGCAUGAGCUGCUACAUCGACGAGGUGAUCAAGGCGCCAGAGGUGGUGCACGAGGUCCUCCGCAAUUUUGGCGGUAUCCACACCGUCUUGAUCGCAUCCCAAGAGACGGAGAACAUGAUCAACAAGGGCGUCGACAUCUUCACGCCGCUCACGCGUAUGAACCACAAGGCGGCGUUCUGCACACCGACCAAGAAGUACGUUUCCGCAGUGUCGAAAUACGGCGAGCGCUCGACCACGACGCGCACGAACGACCUCAAAAAGUGCCGCUACCUCGGCGUCUCGAACGCGAACGAAGAGCUCAAGGAGCAGCUCCAGUCCAAGAAGGACGAGCUCAUCCAGCAAAUCCGCGCCGCCCAAGACAAGCUCGAAGCCGCCAAGGGCCAGGAGCGCGAGUACUCUGCGCGCAAGCACACGGUGACGCAGAAACUGCACGAAGUGCGCGAGCAACUCCGCGCGCGCAACAAGCUCAUUGACGAGAUCGAAAUCCGCAAGAACAAGGUCCGGUCGUACGAAGCCGAGUUGGCCAAGGACUACUCGGACAAGGUGCAGGCGUACGAGCGCAAGCUCCAGCUUCUUGCGCAAAAGCACGCCAAGGUGCUGCAAUCGAGCCUCGAGGCCGCCAAUGCGUUGAUCGACGCCACCACGGCCGAGGCUGAACUCGCGCUCCAAAGCCAAACGAUUGAGCAGCGCCACACGGUGGUCACUCGCAUCAUCAAAGAAGAGACGGCCAAGCUCAAGCGUCUCGAAGCGCAGUACCUCGAGUCCCGAGAGGCGGUCAAGAGCAUCGGUGCCCGCGCGGCCCGCCUUCAGGCCAAGGCCGAGGAGGCGGCGCCAUGGGACCGAUUCGAGGCCAUCUUCAACGACUUGCCACACGACAUUAUGGAGCUCCGCGCGCGCAUCGACAACAACAAGGCUGCGCAAGAGUACUUUCGCGGCGACAUGCGCAUCGUCGAGGUGUACGAGCGCGUCGUCGCCGAGAUUGCGCACGAAGAAGCGCAGUUGGCGCAGCUCACGCACAAUGCGGCGACGCUCACCGAACGCAUCAACAAAGUCAAGGACCCAUGGGUCAAGAAGCUUGUCAAAGUCGUUGACAACAUCAACACGUCGUUCCAGCAGUACUUUCAAGAGAUUGGCUGCGUCGGCGAAGUCUUGCUCAACAAGGACGACGACGACGUGGCCAAGUGGGGCAUUGAGCGCCGUGCGCAGUUCCGCAUGAACGCCAAGCUCACGCGCAUGACGGCCGAGGAGCAGUCGGGCGGCGAAAAAUCGGUCGGGACCAUCAUGUAUUUGAUGGCGCUCCAGAGCUUGACCAAGUGCCCGUUCCGAGUCGUCGACGAGAUCAACCAGGGUAUGGACAUCCACAACGAGCGCAAGCUCAUCACUGGCCUCGAGUACCACCGGGACACGACUGUCCUCGUCAUCCUCAACGGCGCCUACAACAUUCGCCAGGAUGAGUGGGACGUCGACGCCUUCUUGAGCCAGGGCCCUGUCAAGCGCCAGAGAAUAGCCUAG